AUGGAGGAACUUCUAACUAGCCUAAAAAAAGCCCAAGAACUCCAAAAAAAACUGGACCAAGGCAAUAUGGACAGCAUGUUCAACAUUCUUAACCAAGACCCCCAAUUAAAAAAACAAAUGGAAGAAUUAAGAAAAAAAAUGGGCG